UGCUGUGUGUGGGAGAUAAGAUCUAUGAGAAACAAUUUGAGUCUUGAAUAUGUUUGUUUUGGAGUUAGACCAUGCUGAAGUAAGACUGUGGAAUAUUGUCCUGUUAGUUUCAGGGUGAAUAAACUACCGUGUUCGAAGCAAAGUGUUGUUAAACUGAUUACCUUUGCUGAUCAUACAGACUUGAUCAUCGCUUACAGCCAGCAACCAAGCUUAUAUAUACAUUAGUAUUACCAAACUCAGGGAUACAUAGAAGUCAUUAGAAGCAUUACGCUUUCAGGAUUAGCUUUUAAAGGAUAAUCAACUUUGGGAAUAAGAAGAUUUAUUAUCUUGGAAGAAGCUAUAGAUUCAUACAGAUUUCCGCUCAUCGCACGCCAAAUUUAUAUACCAAGGAUCAUUUCAAAAUAAAUUAAAGAGAUAAGAUUUCUUCUGAACAUUGAACAUACGGGCGAUAGAAAUCACGAAAAACAUAAGGAAGGCGACUUAUCAAACAGCGAACUUCAAUCAGAGCAAAUGAAGAGUCAUAAGUCAUGUAGAUUUCUACGUUUAUUCUUUAUAUAAUCAGGAAUCAAAAUAAAGAACAAGAAUACCUGCUGUCACUAUGACGUCAAAAUGAAUAAUCAUGCACCACUUGGAUUAUAUUGGGGAUUUUGGAUAAUCUUCUGAAUUUGAUAGUGCUAGUCCAAGUAUUCAUUAACAGCAGCAAUUCGUUGUUACAGAUUAUAUACAGACUUGUUUUAAAACAUACGUUUUCAAUCCGUUAAUUUGUAUUGUAGUAUUGGCAACAUUCGCUGCUAUUAACAUAUAACAGUUUUGAUAACAAAAAGUGUGUUAAAACAUACAUUUUCAUAUCGUACAGCUUACAAGUGAUAUAACCAUGGCGAAAAAUCAUAAGCUUAUGAAAGAAAUAUCUGACCAAUUUCUAUCCUGCAAAAUUUGUUUGGAACCAUUUAAAAAUCCUAAAACUUUGUCAUGUCUUCAUACAUUUUGCUUCGACUGCCUACAGCAACAUUUAGAUGCAGAAAGUUCCCGGUCUCGUUUUGCUAUUUAUAAUCGUAACAUAACAUGUCCUCUUUGUAGAAAAAAGACGGAGCUACCGUCCGGAAGUAUACGACGUCUCCCGGAUAACUUCCUUCUUUCAAAUCUUACAGAAAUAAUAGAUCGGCGACGACCGUCGACAGUGCCACCAUGCGAAAUUUGUCCUUCCGGUGUUAGAGGUAAUAACGCAUCAUCAAAAUGUCUUGACUGUUCAAAACUGUUAUGUAAAAGUUGUGUAAAACUUCAUUCAACUACUAAGGUCACUCAAGAUCAUACUAUAAUUGACAUUGAAGGUCAAAAAGAUAUUGAAUGUAAAGAACAUCCAGAGGAAAUAGUCCGAUUUUAUUGUGACCCUUGCGACACGUGUAUCUGUGUCGUCUGCACAUUUCAAGAGCACAGAGACCACGAAAUUUGUUCUUUUACAGAUGGAUAUUCACGAUAUAAAAAUUCCAUGGAAACUUUGCUAGACAAAUGUAAAAAACGUCUGGAUGAUGUUUCAGAACGAAUUGGGAUGAUAGAUAAAUGUGAAAAGACAAUAAAAGAAACGCGUGAGAAUAUACGAGACUUAGCAAUUAGUUACAUACAGCAAGUUAGACAAACAGAAAAAGAAUUGUUGAAAAAAGUUGAAUCAUUCUUCAGUGAAGAUACAGUUAAUUUCGUAAACAAUAGGGAAUGGCUACAGGAAAAUGCAGACGGACUACAAAGUGCAUGUAACCUGGCGGAAAUUGUAAUGUCUGACAGAGGUGUCGAAAUGCUUCUUCUUAAGAAAGAAAUGGAGGAGAAGUUGACCUCAUUGUUGGAUCCAGGAUUACCUGUCGUGCCUCCAGACUUUCAGCCACAAAUGAUCAGAUUUGUUCCAGGUUCUGUUUCAUUUGGAACACUGAAUGUCAAUAAUAAUAAUUCUGAAGAAAACUUGUCUGAUUCUAUCUGUCGAACGGCGGAACUCGUCACAUCAGAAACGCAAACUGACCAAUUAGAGAAUAUUGUGAAACAAACUCAAAUGGAAACAUCAGAAACACAAACGGACCAAUUAGAGAAUGUUGUGAAACAAAAUCAAAAGGAAUCUAAACAUUUUUCAACCCAAACAACAUUUGAAAAACAUACACAGAAAGAAUUUAACACAGAACUUCUUACGUUCCGUGAUAAACUUACAAGACCAAAACCUCAACUUUCUAAUGGAUAUCAAGAACAAAAGAUAAAUAAGGUUAAAAUGGUCGAUAGUGCUUUACAAGUUGUAACCGAUGCAGGAUCUCCAAGUUCUGGAAUAUGUAUCAGUUGCUGUGAAGAACUAAAAGACAAACCAACUCCCGUUGAGUUUGGGGAAGCGCCAAAAAUUCAAGAAAUUAUUCUUAUGAACAGCUUAGACAAAAGUGGCAAAGAAUGGAGGCGAAUGCGUAGAAGUAUGAUCAGAAGCCGACGGGUUCAAACUGACAUAUCGUUGUCAAAUGAAAAUGUUGCCAUAAGUCAUGGAUUUACGACCAAUGUUGCUCCCGUUUCGCGAAGCUUCUCCUGUGAUGAUGUUAUUGACGAAAAAAUAGUCAGGUCAAUUGGCCUUGACCCGAUUAUCAUUGAAACGCCCAAAACUACUGUCACAGAACCACCUCGUAAGCGCAUGCGUCAUAAGACUACAAUGACCACUUGUGAAAUGAAGCCAGUUGUUCCAACUAGUGAAAAAAGUACAUUGACAGCUCCGCCAUCUGUAGGAACUUUUUCUUCUCAAACUGUGAUUGAGACUUUAUCAAUUCUUACACAAACACCGAUAGUACACAAAUCAAACAAAAGAGCAGGAACCGACUUUACUGGACAAAUUGAUAAAUCGACAACAACACCACAAAUAACACUCAUGGACAAUGAGACCACCAUGCCAGUUGUUACCCAGAAUACAACAGGAACGUGGACUGAGGUUUUACAGACUUCAGAACGUGCAGUCUGUACUGAAGGCUGUGAAACCAAUGAAAUUGGAACUGACAUGAGUCAUCCAAUAAACUGUGACCAAGGCGUACAGAUUGUACCGGAUCAAUGUGAUAAAAAUGUCAAUACAGGACCAGUCGAUGUAAGAAACCAGAAAUCUCAAACUGAGGCUAUGGAAGAUGCAUCAGAAAAUCGAAAAAGUUGGCAUGGAGGUGGCGGUUUCUUUUCUAAAUUAUUUAAAGGGAAAGGGUCGGGAUCAAAUACAAGUCUUUCGUCUACCUCAUCUAUACAAGUAAGCAUGGUCGACUCUUCCACAGAGACUAAUGAACUAGUUCUCUUUGAUAAAGAAACUGGUACUCAAAGCCCUGUUUUAAUGGACCAAUGGACCGAAACUCCAAAACCGGUUAUGAUAAACACAGGUAUAUCUCCUCCAAGACCUUUGUAUGUAGAUUCAUGUGUAGAAACAAAUCACAUUACAUCUAUGGACCAAGCAACAUAUACAGAAGUUGUGCACCAUAAAGAUGUCGGGGUUGACACUGUCGUUGUUGUACAUGACAACGAAACAUUGACCGAUAAGAUAAGAUGUCAAGAUGCACAAACAACAGUUGACAUUAAUUUCGAAACCAAUGAAACGAAUACAGAAAGCAAAAUAUUGAUGGACGCAUCUGUUUCGACUGUGGACGACUGGGUUCGGCUUUGUAAACCAGAUUCGUACGAUGUUUGGACGGCGACACCGUCACCUGAUAUACUUAACACAGGGACCAAUACAAGUUAUGUUUCGACGGCGGAAAAUGCGACAAGUAUAAGUCCACACGAAUUAGUCAAUAGCGUUGAACGUUCAACCACACCUAUCAACGUUGAUAAACGAGACUUUGGAACAAUGGCCCUGUCAUUUGGUCAUUCGUCAUCUUCUGUUUCGGAUGAAAUGACACAAACAUUUACAGUUGCUCUCUAUGAUAAAUCUGUAUCUACUUCCAAGGAAUAUAUACCGGACCAUGAAAGAAAAAUCGAGAGCUGUGAAAUGUCGACGUCUACUGAAUCCUUACCAUAUAUUGGACUUUUGAGUGAACUAGAAGGAGACGAAUUAUUUUUGAUACCAGAAUCAGCAUUUGGGAAGAGAUCAUCGAUAAAUUCAUUAUUUGAAAACAAGGUCGAAAUGGUGGAUGAUUGUACAUCGAUGGAGGAUCUCUUUCAGGAGGAAACAUCAACACAAACAUUGGUAUCUUCUGGUACAGUAGACCAUAGUCUAUUUUCGGAUGAUGAAAAAUUCAAAAUGACCAGGGAAGAAAAGGGAGAUAACUUAGUCGAUGUUGGUGUAAACACCUUACCAAAACUUACCUUUGAAAAGGAAACGUCAACGCCUCUCCGCCAUUUGUUUUCCAAAGGUACAAUGACAUUUUAUAUAUCCAAAACGGAUAAAUCAACAAGUACUUUUAGCAGUACUCGUCAGAUUGCGGAGUCCGUAUUUAACCAAAGACCAACGCUGGACAAGGCUAACAAAGAGACAAUGACGAUGUAUCAAGAUCUGAAAGAUGCAUCAACAGCGACAGAAAGCAUUAUAACCGGCGGCAAAAUGGCGGAAUGUAUAUCUAAAUUAAAGAAUGUUUCAGACCGUCUUCAAAGUCCUACAAAUAAAACAGCUCCAGAUGCUCCGUGGACGAGAAAUUCAACCGAUAAUAUUGUUGACUCAAAAAACAACGAAGACAUUCGGAAAAAGCAAGUAAUUGACCUGGCUAAAGAUACUUCAACUAAAUCUAAAUUAAAAGGAAAGGAAAAGCAAUCAAAUAGAAAAACACAACCUAUUACAUCAUUGAAAGGAAAAUUAGCUCCCCCUGAAACAAGCCCAGAAGACUUAAAGUCAAAAAGUCUACCACGACAUGCAUCAACAACAGUAAAAAUGGGGAGUCAAAGUAAUGCUUCAACUCGUAAAACCAUGCCAAGGUUUAAUUCAGCACCUGGAAGAAUUGCCACCGUUCCUAACCAACAAGCCACAAAGAAAAAUACAAACACACAACAGCAUUUAACGCCGAGUAGUAAACUUCCUGUGAAGGAUAGUCAGGAUCGUCCAAAAACACCAGUUGGGACACGUAAAGGGAAAUCAUCUUUGCCAGCAAUAACCGAAUCCCGAGCAUCAUCGGCUAGUUCCGAUGCAGAUUCGUAUGUUUCCGCUGUUUCCGAUCAGUCGUCUGAUGUACUUGACUUGUCCUCAUUACGAAUUCCUAGUCCUCCUACGGUUUCAAAUCGAGCAUCUUCAAAAUCUCCCGUUCCAAGGCGAAAAACCAAAACAUCUGAAGACAAAAAAGCGCAAAGCAAUGUUGGGUUUAUGCAAAAACUGUUUUCAAAGAAGAAAAAGCCAGAAGAAGAAAAGACCCCUGCCUCGCCUAAGAGACAACAUAAAAAGUUUACUCUGCCGCCGCCGCAGCCACCCGAACCUGUUAAGCCUCCCAAACCACAAAAAACGAAGGCGUUCGUUUAUAUGCGACAGCGAAUUUUCUCAAUAGAACAUGACAACGAAAAACCUGCGAGAAGAGGAUCAAAAGAGGGUCCAUCUGAUGGGAGACCUGCUUCAUCAGAUAGUUCUUCGUCACAAGUAAGCGCCACCAUGGACGACCGACCACCAUCAACGUACGACAACCUAUGAUUUAUUUCAAUACCGCUGUUGGUACUCUGGUUUUCGAUACUUUCAUAAACAAGUUACCAGUUAGCAUUCACGGGUCUCUUAAGAUAUAUCAGUAAAUGAACUAUGCAGCCAAAGUAAAUAUAAUUGAUUGCUUGGUUAUGAACAGUUUACGUUUUACCGGGAAUAUCAUUAUAUGAUACGCGAAUGAUUACUUUUCCAUUUCUCGGACACAAACCGUUUGCAAAUUGUUGGUUAAAAAAAAUGAGGAUGAAAAUGUGAGGAAGUUUCCAAAAUUGGACAAUCCAAAAUUAUUUUAAAAUAUCUAGAUCACAUAACAUACAUGUAGUUUCUGAACUUAAAAAAAAUAUAAGCACAUGUAGAUAAAUUAUAAUAAUAUACAUUACCAUGACUUUGUAAAUGGUCGGUUUCAUUGUAGUUUCUUUUUAUUAGCUUGCUUUUGCUUCAAUUGCAACUUUUAUAAAUAACUUGUUUGAGAACAAUAACCGCUGCUUCAUGCUUAAAACAUAAUAGCACACACUUGAUAAUUAGCAGAGGGAAUUUAUUAAUCAAGUGAUAAUAAGAAACUACCUUGAAACAGGUCAUAUUUAAAGUAACUGUGAUAACAUUGACUCAUCAAAUUUAUAUCAUUCAUAAUGUGUCAUAAAACGGAUUGUUUCUAUUCUCGUGUAGAUGAACAUGCACUUGAGGGGUUUGAUACAGGAGAAAAUGCACUUAAGGGGUUUGGUACAGGGGAUUCGUGAAUUAGUCAAUGUCUAUCACUCAUUUUACGUUUAGCAUUGUUUUUAUUGAUUGGAAUUGAAACAAAAUAUCAAGUAGAAUAUUAUUAAAACACUUCUAGACAAUCACACAGGAGUUACACAUAGAAGUUAUCUUAUCUUUCUAGCAUCAAAUCGUGCUAUUUUUACAGUACUGCAAAAAUCACUAUUUUUGAAAGGUUUAUUGUAUCACUUUAUGUUAUAGUUAUUAAUUUUUCAUUUUUACGCAUUCUAUUUUAUAAAUAAACAUAAACAUGCUAAAACA